CUUGGAGAAGCCCUAGAGCAUUUACUUUUGUCAACGCCCAACGUUCCACAAAACUCAAAGCCAAAAGCGGUAAGCAAAGCACGCCCAACUUCCGCGCCGCCGGCAGCAAUGAACGGCGACGCAGUGGCCAGUCGCGACGACGACGACGACGACGACGCCGACAUUACCGGCCCUCUGGCCAUCCUCUCGCCUCCGCCGGAAGACGGCGGCGGUGAAGAAGAAGACGAUCCGGCCGAACCCGACCAGCUGGAGCAUCACCGCCUCCGGUCAGUCAACGCCACCAUCGCCAUCCGGCAGCUUCCCUCCCGGGGCCUCUCCUUCCAGCUCUGGCCGGCCGCCACCACCCUCCUCAACCUCCUCGACUCCCACGUCUCAGACCCCGCCGUCGGCCCCCUCUCCCCGAUCCUCGCCGGCCGCCCCCAACCCCCCAACGCCGGCUGCGUCCUCGAGCUCGGCUCCGGCACCGGCCUCGUCGGGAUAGCCGCCGCCGUCGCGCUCGGCGCCGGCGUCACCGUCACCGACCUCCCGCACGUGGUCCCCAACCUCCAGUUCAGCGUCGACGCCAACGCGGCGGCCCUGGCGGCGGGCGCCGGAGGAGGCUCGGUCCGCGUGGUGCCGCUCCGGUGGGGGGAGGCGGCGGACGUCGGGGCCCUGGGGGAGGAGGAGUACGACGUGAUCCUGGCGUCGGACGUGGUGUACUACGACCACCUGUACGACCCCCUGCUGGAGACGCUGCGGUGGCUGUUCGAGAGGAGCGAGCGGAGGGAGGAGAUGGUGUUCGUGAUGGCUCACCUGAGGCGGUGGAAGAAGGACUCGGCCUUCUUCCGGAAGGCGAGGAAGGCGUUCGACGUGGAGGCGAUCCACACCGACAAGCCGUGCCAGGGGUCGAGGAUCGGGGUCGUCGUCUACCGGUUCAAUUGGAAGAGGAAAAGGACCGCGAAAAGCGCCACUCCGUCGGACACCACCGCCUCAUCCGACGAGAUUUGAUUGUUUGAAUUGAGAGUUUGACGCCAAAAGAGAGCAUUGCAAGAAAAAUGCCAUUGGCUUUCACUAUUACUUUCUUCCAAGCAAAGCUUGAUCUUCAAAUUUUCAAUUUUACAUUCAUGAAGGUGCGACUGCAACAAUGAUGGGUUUUCAUGAGCAUUCUUCAGACGAUCAGGCAUUGCGUUC